GCCACAUCAAUCCAAUACGCGAGUAAAGUUGAUAAGCUAUUUUAUUACAAUUUGUUAUUUUCUGGAUAAGCACAUAUUUUUUUCAACGAUUGGACCUCCGGCACCGGAGAUAUAUCGCCGGUGCGUAUUGUUUGCCGUCGGCGAAGGGACAAGGGCCUUAAGCGUAGCGGUGGAACGAUCACUCGUCGAUGAAACAAGGUUGCGACGGAUGUUUCAUCAUCUGCAUCAGAUCCGAAAUCUUUACUACAGGAAUUUCAGAGUAGUCUCUUUGAUAUUUGUUGAUCCAUCGCGUUAUGAUCGCUGAAAAUUCCAAUUCCAGCAGCUGGUUUGGAUGGGAUUUGGAAAGCGUUGAUAACUAGCUUUUAGCGGCUCGUCGUUUACAGGAAGCGAAUGUGGAUUGGAGCUUGGCUCCAACAAUCGUUAGACGUCCAUGGACAAAGCUUCCAAGCAUCAGGUAUCAUUGAGGGGAGCGAGUGCAAAAGAAAUUACGAGGGAUGCUCUAGUUCAGAAGGUUAUCCAGGAGAGAGAGCUACGUCAAUAUGCAAGAAAAGCUGCAGCUGCGGCUCUCUUUAUUCAGAGAGUAUGGAAGCGCUACAGAGUGACUAAGAUAGCUGCUUUGCAGCUUCAAAAAAGUUGGGAGGAGUUGGUGAAUAAUCGUUCUGGUGCUCUGGCUGGCACGUUCAUUUCCUAUAAUAUUUUGAGACCGUUUCUCUUCUUUAUCUCAUCUUUUCUAAAACGACCCCAAAAUAUCCAGACCAGAGAUAUAGACUGUAUGAAGAAUUGCUUUACAAUCUUGUUUGAAAGCAUCAAUUCUACCGAAUCAAAGAACAACUUUUGCUCCUUGGCCACUGGUACAUCUGAAGAAAGAAGAAUAUGGACUUACCAAUCAAGGAAACUUAUUUCUGUAUGCUUAUUUAUUCUUGUUCAUUUCGACAAGUUGCAAGCAAAGGAGCAAGAAAUUAUUGUUACAACCUCAUUAGCCAUGCGCUUGGUAGUUGUCUUCACUGAUUAUAAUGGGUGGAAGAAUGUAAAUGAGAAUAAUCGUUUUGAUACAGAAGCAGCAUUGAAGGAUUUAGUUCAUUAUCUAGGAACUUCUGAAAGUGGUCUUUACCUAUCCGUCAGAAAAUACAUGUGUAAAUUGAGUGUUAUACAAUCUUCAUGGACCACCAGUACCAUCCAGACAAAUGAUUUAUUUGUUAUUACUGUGAGUGCAAUAACUUUAGCUUUACGACCAUUUCAUCUAAUGAAUUUUGAUGCAAUUGGCACUACUUCGUGGGAAGGGCAUCAUGUGGCUGAACAGUUCUGUUUGUUUCUACUUACAAUUCCCGAACUUGUUCAAAAUCUGCCUCAAGUUCUUGUGCCAGCUGUAAAGCAUCGAUCUAUCUUGCUACCAUGCUUCUGGACUCUAUUGGCCAAGAAAGAGACAAUUUUAUUGGGAAUGUCUGACCUGGAUCGGUUAUCAGUUGAUUGUGGCUCUAAGGUUGUUCCGGCAGUUGGAUGGGCUCUUGCAAACAUUAUAUGUCUGGCAGCAGGGACUGAAACUAAGGCCAGGGAUUCUGGUUGGUUCAAGCAGAGUUUAGAUUAUGUGUUAUAUGUUCGUGUGGGUAUCACUUUGGCAGAAAGACUUUUGGCUUUGAUUGGGGAUUUUGGGUGUGGUAGAAAGGAGAAUCAAGAUAUCCAAAGUGAAAAUUUAACUUCUUAUGAACCCUCUGAUGCAGCUGUUCUCAAGAAUGAAAUGGCAUCCAUGCCCUUAAGCACAUUGCCCAUUGAUAUGUUUAGGCCUAUUUGUGAACAGAGGCAUCUCACCGAUCUUUUGACAAUAGUAAAUACAGAUCUUCACUCCGAAAAAAGUACUGCACAGUCAAAUAAUAUAGACUGUAUGAAAAGCUUGAAACUGAUCGAUAUAUCAUACUUUUACAUGUACAUGCUCAGAUUAUUUUCACUUUUGAAUCCACCAGUUGGAUCCUUACCUGUUCUUAACAUGUUAUCUUUUACUCCUGGGUUUCUUGUUGAUUUGUGGGGAGUUUUAGAAAGUUCCCUUUUCCCCAGUGAUGCCGAUGAAGCUGAAGGUCCCUUUCCUGGCUCAAGUAAAAUAUCAAGUAAAAAGAAAGAUGAAGUUUUUGGCAAAAAGCCAAAGCAAGUCAACAGGGAUGGAAAUAGUAAGAGGGUAACUGUCUUUCAUAAGUUCACGAGCAAGUCACAACUGGGCAGUGAUCAUAUGGACUCAGUUAAGGUUCAAUCUAGUUCAAGACAAGGGGAUGAUGACUUGCGUGAUUUAUGGGACAUAAAAUCUCUGAGAUGUGGUCCACAAGGUAUUUCAAAAGAUUUGUCAUGUCUGCUCUAUCUUUUCAGUGCCACUUAUGCUCAUCUGCUGUUAGUUCUAGACGACAUAGAGUUCUAUGAAAAACAGGUUCCGUUCAGGCUGGAGCAGCAAAGGAAACUUGCAUCAAUGCUUAAUACACUUGUGUAUAAUGGCUUGUCCCAUGGUACUGGUCAGCAGAACACAUCCCUUAUGGAAUCUGCAAUCAGGUGCUUGCAUCUGAUGUAUGAGAGAGAUUGCAGACACCAGUUUUGUCCUCCUAUGCUAUGGCUUGCACCUGCUAGAACAAGUAGACCACCUGUUGCAGUUGCUGCAAGAACUCACGAAGCUUUAUUAGCUAACUUACGGGCAGAUGAUAGUUUAACAGUUCCAACUGUAGGUUCGAUUAUAGCUACCACACCGCAUGUGUUCCCAUUUGAGGAAAGAGUUGAAAUGUUCAGAGAGUUUGUCAAGAUGGACAAAGUCUCCCGAAAAAUGGCAGGUGAAGUUGGUGGACCUGGGUCACGAUCAUUUGAAAUUGUAGUUCGUCGCAGCCAUGUUAUUGAAGAUGGAUUCAGACAGUUAAAUUCCCUUGGGUCAAGGCUAAAAUCAGCUAUUCAUGUUUCAUUCGUUAGUGAAUGUGGCCUUCCCGAGGCUGGCCAAGACUGUGGUGGAUUAUCCAAAGAGUUUUUAACUGAUAUAGCCAAAGCAGCAUUUUCUCCUGAAUAUGGGCUGUUCUGUCAAACGUCUACUGAAGAUAGGCUUCUUAUCCCUAAUGCAUCAGCAAGAUAUCUCGACAAUGGCAUCCAGAUGAUCGAGUUUCUUGGUAGAGUUGUUGGGAAGGCUCUCUAUGAAGGAAUAUUGCUUGAUUACUCAUUUUCGCAUGUUUUUGUUCACAAGUUGUUAGGCCGGUAUAGCUUCCUUGACGAGUUAUCGACACUUGAUCCAGAACUAUACCGGAAUCUCAUGUAUGUCAAGUCUUAUGAGGGCGAUGUCAAAGAACUCUCGCUGGAUUUCACUGUUACUGAAGAAUCAUUUGGCAAGCGACAUGUUAUUGAGCUUAUACAUGGUGGCAAGGAUGUUUCUGUUACAAAUGAGAAUAAGAUGCAGUAUGUUCACGCCAUUGCUGAUUAUAAACUUAAUCGACAGAUACUGCCUUUUUCAAACGCAUUCUAUAGGGGUUUGACUGAUCUUGUAUCACCGUCGUGGUUGAAGUUAUUUAGUGCAAGUGAAUUCAAUCAGUUGCUUUCUGGUGGAAACCACGACAUUGACGUUGAUGAUUUGAGGAAUAAUACACGAUAUACAGGUGGUUACACAGAGGGCAGCCGAACUAUUAGUAUUUUCUGGGAGGUUAUUAAGGGGUUUGAACCAAAAGAUCGUUGUUUGCUUCUUAAAUUUGUCACUAGUUGUUCUCGAGCUCCAUUACUUGGAUUCAAGUACCUGCAACCAGCUUUUACCAUUCAUAAGGUCUCAUGUGACGUUCCGAUAUGGGCUUCACUUGGAGGACAGGAUGUCGAGCGCCUUCCGACAGCUUCCACUUGCUAUAAUACUCUCAAGCUCCCUACAUAUAAACGUUCGAGCACCUUGAGAUCAAAACUUCUCUAUGCGAUCAAUUCCAACUCAGGAUUUGAACUUUCUUGAAUUAUCUAAACUCAGGCUGGCAGCUGGUUGGUCCAAAGCUGCAUCUAAUUAUUAGUCGGUGCAUAAAACGUGGGUAAUAAUUGUUCUUAUUUGCAGGUCUGUGGCACAUCAAAGGCCGCUGGUUCGUUCUUUGAUCUCAUCCAUCUCAGGCCACGCCACAGUCUCACCCUGCUGGAAGGAAACGUUUGAUAGAAUAAGAUAUUAAUUUCUAUGGAACUGUUAAUUCCUAAAUGAUUGACUUAUGGUCUGGUUUGGUGUUGUUUUUGUUUUUCUAAAGUAUUGAAGAUCAGCCUCCAUUUUGAGCUAUUCUUGACAGCUUUUGUAGAAACAACGUAUGAGAUUAGAUUUAUCCAUGACAAACUUCAGGUGAUGUUUGUUUAUUACAAUCUACAAUCCUCUAA